AGGAAGUCGAACAUGCACCAACGCCUCUGACGUUUGGAUACCAUAACGAAAAUAUGCCUACCUUCUCAACAAGCCAAGAAUGGCUUGAGCAAUCCGCGCUCCUAAUCCAAGCCUACCCGACAUCCACCCACGUCGCCUCCAAGUACUCCGUGAUCCGUCCUUCGAAGUCGCGAUUAAAGAAGCAUGCUCGGCGACUAGAACGACUUGAAAGCAAAGGAAAUGGUGCCAGCGAAGGGACUGCAGCUGAGGCCGUUUCAAGUUCCAAUGAUCCGAACCCCACCAAACCUACCAUCUCCGAACCCCAGACAACAGCCUCCUUCACCCUGAAAACAUACAGCCCGGACGCCGGAGUAUCCCUCAAAUAUACGACUAAUAAAGCUCCCGAAGUAGGGAGGCUGAUCGCCGCUGCCGGCAGACUGGGUCGGCAUAUGGCAGCUUUGCCAGUUGAAGAGGAAGGGGAGGCCACGAAGGAUGCAGCAGACGGCGGCGAUGUUGGGAUAGAAGAUGUUGGAGGGGAACCUUCAGCGAAGCGCUCCGGGACCGCUGCCCAGGCACAGCCAGAGAAGAAGGAUACAAAAGCAGGCGGAGGCGGGACCGGUGGUGGUGGGAAGAAGAAGAAGAAAGGGAAGCGAUAGGAAGGAGCUUUGAUCUUGCAUACGGGCGUUUUGCGAAGCUGGCUCAUUGCAUUGGAGACAUGGCAACGGAAUCAUGAGACCCAAGUGGUAUAUUGUUGAGGAUGCCGUGGUAUACAGUACACGGGGUAUCUUACGCUACAGAAGAAGCAAAAACAUGAACUCGUAUCAUCAUAAACCUUCAACUCCACCGUCUCCCUGUCGCCAUGUUGUUUUGGCUGAUGCUGGUAAUCCGAGGAAGUGGAAAACUCGUUUUUUGCGCCGAAUGGACCCUUCUUCCGUUGCUCCUCAAUCCAUAUUUCGCUGCGCCAUUGGCCGGACAAACUCCAUGAAGGCGUAGCCCGUGGUAAGGCAGAACAAAAUGCCAUUGAAGAUCGCCAUCAAGAAGAAUGGCGCUCCUCUAUCCCACUUAUCGAACAGCACACCACCGACCUUGGUGAGUAGAAGAAUGCCUGCGCCGCCAGCCAG